UUCCCCAUUCCUCCUCUUCUCCUGCCGAUUUCACCGUCACCGCGAUCUCCUCUUCAUUUGAGUUUCCUCCCCGCUCUCGACAAGCUCGGCCGGAUCUGCCAUGUCUACCUCACACCCGACCACGCCAUGUUCCUCCACAACCUCCUCGGCGGCGGUGGAGUCCAGUCCGUCGCCCAGUUCGACAAGGACGUCCUCUUCCGCGACUAUCGCAUCUCCAGCCAGAACGCCGGCCGGAUCGCCUUCGCAGUGGACGCCUCCCUCCUCCACCGCGCCCUCCGCAGUGCCCUCACCAUCCAGGAGCAGGCCCGCGACGAGACCGCCGCCAUCCAGAUCAAGCUCGUCAAGAAGCUCCCCGCCGGCUCCCGCAACCCUGCCCCCUUUCUCACCUUUGAGACCAAAGGGAGGGUUUCCGCCGAUGUGCAGGACGUGCCCAUCUCCAAGCCCCUUUCUCGGUCCGACGUGCUUCAGAUCCAGUCGGCCUUGGAUGCUUCUCAAGAUCUGCCUCAGACUUUGGUUCAGGUCCCUGAUCUCGCUCAGCUCCAAAGCUUGGUGGACCGUCUCAAGUAUGUCGGUGAUGUUCUCACUGUCUCAAUCGCACAGUAUGGAGAUCUUCACCUGCAGGUUUCUACUUCCCUUGUCACAGUUGGGUCUGAAUUAAGGAAACUGAGAGUCCUAGGUGUUCGAGAUCACUAUCAAGGAAGAAUGUUCAAAGGAAAGUAAAGGCUAAGGAGAAGAAACCAUAUACUCCAUUCCCUCCUCAGCCACCAAGCAAGGUGUCCUCAAGAGUACUGGGAAGAAUGCCGACAAGC